CCUUGAGAGUUGUUUCAUACUAGAAUUUGUAACUUAUCAUCAACUACAGAAAUAUUUUUUUAAAGUGUGGUUGAAGAGAUAAUGGUUGUCAGCUGCUAUAAAGAUGUGUUUAUCAUUUGGAAAGGACUAAUUAACAUGUACUAUAGAGAAACUUCUUUAAACAAAGCCAUUUUCUGAAAGGAAAACACUGAAGGGGAGGAAAUAAAACAGGGAACAUUUUAUAAUACCUUAUAAAAGCUCAGCGUGGCUAUCCUACUGGAAUAAUGUAAUUAAGGAGAAUUAAGUGAGUUGGAUAAAUAACUUUUUAAAACUAGCUCCUUGAAUAGAAAAUUAAGUAGUGUAGUUUUUAAACUCAAAUUCUGUCUGCACGUACAUUUUAAUUAACCUAAGAUUAUUGAAUGACAAGCUGAGUUGGCAGCUACAUCCAGAGUUCAUGCCAUGUGAGACCUACCUUAAAGGAUGAACGAAGCUAGGUGCAGAGGCCUCAAAUGCCCUGCUAAGAAAUAGCUGAUGGCCGUGGGGAACUGUCAUACAUUUUAAGCAGGAAACAGAAGGAUCUAAUAGGAACUUUAGUUUCUCUCUUGUCAAAUUAAAGCACACAAAAAGCAAGGACUUGAUCUUUUUUUUUUUUUUUUUGGUAUAACACCAAUGUCAAUUCUAGCCUGUCAGGGCAAAUUCAGUAAUUAAUAGCUGUUGAUGAGCCAGUCAUUCUAGAUUGAUUUUUUAAAUAAGCAGGCUAAUAAAUGAGAAUUGACAUAAAUUUAGGGAUUUCUCUUUUCAGAGCAAGUGUUAAGGUGAUUUUCAUAGUCUUCUGUAUUCCCUAUGCAUCCAGUAGGUGUGAUGGUAAAUGAUUUGGCUUUAGCAUAGAGAAUGUGGCAGCUGAUUAAAAAAAAAAAAUUCCAGUGCAUCUAUCUUAAUGAGAGAACUUGAGUUGUCUAAAGAAAUAGAGAGGUCAGAGGAGGCAUAGUGGGAAAAAAGAACAAUGAGCCUGGUUAGAACUGACAAAAAUUCACCCUAAUGAUUUGACUGGCUAAUGAUGACUGGGCAAGUUCCCUGAGUCCACUGACCCAGAUGUUCUAAUUUGUAAAUGCAAAGUGACUUAUUUAUCAGCCUCCUGGGGAAAUCUUCAGAGCUGUGAACCUGCUAUGUUCAGUAAUCUUGCUGGCCCCAGCCCCAGCCUGUUUCCAGAUAAAAUUUUAGAAACUGGCCACUGAAACUUUUUGGGUAAGGGCUCUGGAGGUGGCCAAGUUACCAGUAGUGGGGGAAUGAGGUUUACCUGCCCCCAGUAAUCAGCACUUGAUUUAAAACAAUCAGUGAGGUGCCUCUUCUUUCCUAGGUUGCAUUUGACUGCGGUUGGUUCAGGCUGAGUUGUUUGGGAAAUACAAGUUUUGCCCAGCGUGAGUCAGCACUGCCCUGGGUAAACUCCCUGCUGUGUUGCAAUCUUGCUUACCAAAGAUACAUCCCCAGGCGGCACCAUUCACUUCACAUGAAAGCUGCUGCUCUUGAUUCCUGAGAUGAUCUCAUCUGAACAUGGCUCCAGUGACCUCAGCCACAGGAACUAGAGACAGCUUGCUUUCUGUCGUGGCAAUGUUUUGAAACUGGCAAAAUCAGAUUUUAUCAUGUGGGCAACCUGCUGCAACUGGUUCUGCCUGGAUGGACAGCCUGAGGAGGUCCCACCACCCCAGGGAGCCAGGAUGCAGGCCUAUUCCAACCCUGGGUACAGCUCCUUCCCUUCCCCAACAGGCUUGGAACCAAGCUGUAAGUCCUGUGGGGCUCACUUUGCAAACACGGCCAGGAAGCAGACCUGCUUGGACUGUAAGAAAAAUUUUUGCAUGACCUGUUCGAGCCAAGUAGGGAAUGGGCCCCGCCUCUGCCUUCUCUGCCAACGGUUUCGAGCUACAGCCUUUCAGCGAGAGGAGCUCAUGAAGAUGAAGGUGAAGGACUUGAGGGACUAUCUCAGCCUCCAUGACAUCUCUACCGAAAUGUGCCGGGAGAAAGAAGAGCUGGUGCUCUUGGUCCUUGGCCAGCAGCCUGUAAUCUCCCAGGAGGACAGGACUCGUGCCUCCACCUUGUCCCCAGACUUUCCUGAGCAGCAGGCCUUCCUGACCCAGCCUCACUCCAGCAUGGUUCCACCUACCUCACCCAACCUCCCCUCUUCAUCUGCACAAGCCACCUCUGUUCCCCCAGCCCAGGUUCAGGAGAAUCAGCAGGCCAAUGGCCAUGUGUCUCAGGAUCAAGAGGAACCCGUCUACCUGGAGAGCGUGGCCAGAGUACCUGCUGAGGAUGAGACCCAGUCUAUUGACUCAGAGGACAGCUUUGUCCCAGGCCGAAGGGCCUCUCUGUCUGACCUGACCGACCUGGAGGACAUUGAAGGCCUGACAGUGCGGCAGCUGAAAGAGAUCUUGGCUCGCAACUUUGUCAACUACAAGGGCUGCUGUGAGAAGUGGGAGCUGAUGGAGAGAGUGACCCGGCUAUACAAGGAUCAGAAAGGACUCCAGCACCUGGUCAGUGGUGCCGAAGACCAAAAUGGGGGAGCAGUACCAUCAGGCUUGGAGGAGAACCUGUGUAAGAUCUGCAUGGACUCACCCAUUGACUGUGUUCUUCUGGAGUGUGGCCACAUGGUAACCUGUACCAAGUGUGGCAAGCGCAUGAAUGAAUGUCCCAUCUGCCGGCAGUAUGUAAUCCGAGCUGUGCAUGUCUUCCGGUCCUGAGAGCUUGCAUCGGUUUCUUCAGUGCCUUACAGGGAAAUAGCCUGGGGUGUCUGGGCUCAGGGUUGGCCAGCUUGCAGAGGAGCAAGCUAGUAGAAAUAUUGCAGGGUUCCCAAAACCAGGGCAAGCAAGAUGCCAUGUCACCCCUGAGCAUGCCUGUCUUGCCAGGGGUGUACCUCUUGGCUGGCAAAGCCCAAGGCCAGUGGGAACUUGUAUAAAUCACAUGGGUAUGUUCUUGGUUCAGUGAUCUUGGAGUGAUGACAGUAACUGAUGAACAGAGAACUUUCCAGAACUUGGGUCCUGUCUUCCUCCCUGAACCUAGACAGUUUCACCCCUCCUCCUGUACCCAACCCAUCCCCACCCCAUAUGGGAGAUGCUUGCCCAUGUGUUUCAUCAAUCAGAAGUCCUCCUCCCCAGCACAUUUGGAUUUAAAUUUCUGGUCUCUCCGGCUUUCUGUGCUUUAACUAUCUUUGCUAAAGUCUCUUGCUACAUUGCCUAAAUCCAUUUGUUUCUUUGGACCAAAAAUGUUAGUUUACCAGACCAACAGUGGUCCUUAGGACAGAUUUUAGACCAGUAAGCUUAUCUUUGGUGAGAAAUGAAAUACAAAUGCUAUAGAAAAAUUUCAAAGUUGUUAAAAGCCACUUCCUUAAAUGCUGGGAUUGGAAGCUGUUGGUCUCCUGACCUGACUCUGGGAGCCAACAAAACAUCAGGCUCCCAAACUGCUGGGAAAUUCGUUUCUGUCUGCAAGGGAUAGUGCGUGCAUAAUCCCUGCUGCUGCUUCUCUUGGGACCUGAUUUGCACCAUCCUUAGUUUAUGCGGAAAGGGGAAGCAAUGGGUGGAGGCAGUGGCCUUCUCCUUAAUUUUGGCUUGGCUUCUGAUCCUUUUCCCAACUACAAGAAGUCUUAAGCCACUUUCCCCUGAAAAUGAAAUCCCUCCCUUAUCCAUGGUAGUUUUAAAUUUGGUCUCAUUGAAGAAAUAGAUUUAGGCAAAGAGCCUGUGCUCUUCUCUGGCCAGACGGCUGUUGAAGUUCCUGGAGAGCAAAUGUUAAGACAGAGCAUUUAAGAGCUUUCAGGAGGUACUGAAUGAGACUGGAUUCUGUUGUGAGCCGACAGUUCAAGUCUUUAUUUCCCAGGUUGGUGGGGAGUGAGGAGACCCUACUUUCAUUCCCUUUCCUAGCCUACUGAUUUUUGGGGGCAGGUCAGGGAGAAAGCAUUUUUUUUUUUUUUUUUUUGAGUCUCACUGUUUCCCAGGCUGGAGUGCAGUGGUGCAGUCUUGGCUUACUGCAACCUCCACCUCCCAGGUUCAAGCUAUUCUCCUGCCUUAGCCUCCAGAGUAGCUGGGAUUAUAGGCGCCUACCACCACACCAGGCUAAUUUUUGUAUUUUUAGUAGAGACGGGGUUUCACCAUGUUCACCAGGCUGGUCUUGAACUCUUGACCUUAUGAUCCGCCCGCCUCAGCUUCCCAAAGUGCUGGGAUUACAGGCAUGAGCCACCACACCCAGCAGGAGAAAGCAUUUUCUAGGCUCUUUAGGAAGGACCAUGCAAUGAGUAGGUGAUGUAUUUGAGCCCUCACAAUCUUUACACCGCUAGAGGAGCUGGAGGACUUAAGAGUUUGCUGCAGAAGCGUGGCCAAGCACAAAACACAUGAUCAGGAAAGCAGAGUGUUUUCCCAUUACCAAUGGAUGAACUAUGCAAACCCUAAACGCCUUGGCAGACAACUCCCACCCCUUACCCCUCCCAUGCAGCUGAAAAAUCUGAGACUAGAACCAAUCAUGACUCUGGAUGGCAGAGGGAAACCUCUAAAGGGACUUAUUACAUUGGUACAGACAUAUUUAUGCUUUCCUCCAACACCAACCACUAAACCCCUUUGGAGGAAUGAAAUAACUGCAUAAAAUAGUUGUCAACUGAACACUGGGCCACUUACCUCAACAUUAUACAAAGUCCUGGAUGAUUUGAUUCUGAACCACAGCCUUUGCAGGAGUUGGGGGAAUCAGAUUUGCUCAUGAAGACAUCCCUUUCCACUUUUGUCAUGGGCAGUAAAUACUAUAGUUUACAAUGCCUACCAAUUAGCAAAGGAUCAUUCAUUCAGCUACUCAGUUCCUCUGUAAAACAGGUCUAUGUAUGUGCAAUUCAGCUAAGAUCUAGCAGUAACUUAAGGGCAGAAGCUGGCUCUCUACUUACAACCUGCUUUCUCUGCUGAAGCCUUACCUCCUCUUCAGUUUCCCUCCUAGACACAAAUUGAAAAUAAUAUACUGAUAGCUGGUUAGUAACCUCAGUAAGAAUUAAAACUGAGGUUGUUUACUCAUUUUGCCUUUAAAUCUUUUAUCCCCUUUUGGUGAAGGUUUCCCUUUAGGAAAAAAGGUGUCAAACAACCCUGAUUUUUUUUUUUGCAUCAUUUUUAUUACACCAAAUAAAAGUUGGGAGUUCCAAGAUCCCAUUCCAGUUAAUAUUUAACCAAGGUCUAAAAUUUGAUUUUUUAAAAUCUUUGAAUCCUCCCUUCUGCCCCUCAUGGAUCCUUGGUUUUAAUGAUAUGGAAACGUCUAAUUCUUACAAUUAUUCCGUAGUUUUUGCUGAUUGCUCUGAGAUUUCAGUUAAGACUUGUUUCAAAAGACAGAUAGCUGACUGGUUCAUAAUACAUUGGAAUAGUUGGAUCCAAACUAAUAAGAAUAAGCUGUACAGGAACUAGUGCUCAAUAUACAUUGUAUAAAUUUGUGGAAAUUUCUUGGAUGUGAAUUGUUACUUCAAGUGGCUUUUAUUAAGAUUUUCUCAGACUUACUUGGAAGUUAAGGCAAACCCAAAUGUGUAUUAUUUUGUUACAGAGCUCUGCUUUAUAAUUUUGUAAUAAAGUUUCAAUACAGACA